AUGCGUGCUCCGUCCCCGCUUGCCCUUCGGAGCUGGGGCUCACGACUUGGGCCGCGCAAAUGCCUCCCAAACUCAUUGAGCCAGUCAAGAAUAAUCACUCGGCCUACAUACAGAGCAGUAGCAAGCUAUACUCACCCUCACCAUGCCUCAGCCCUCUCCGUCCUCCCCACAGUUCUGGAUACCUCCUCACAGGAGUACCGCGAAAACAGCCAACAGAUGCAAGAACUCAUAGACCGGAUGAACAGCCUACACACAACGAUCGCGCGCGGCGGACCCGAAAAAGCCCGCGAGAAGCACCUCGCACGCGGCAAGAUGCUCCCCCGAGACCGAAUCUCCGCCCUGAUCGAUCCAGGCACCUCCUUCCUUGAGCUGUCCGCGCUAGCUGGACACGGAGUCUACGAGGAGGAUGUGCCGGCUGGUGGAAUCAUUACCGGUAUUGGAAUGGUCGAGGGUGUCAACUGCAUGAUUGUUGCCAAUGACAGCACCGUCAAGGGCGGCACGUACUACCCCAUCACAGUGAAGAAGCACCUUCGCGCACAGGCAAUCGCCCAAGAAAACCGCCUCCCUUGCAUCUAUCUCGUCGACUCUGGUGGCGCAAAUCUACCUCACCAGGCAGAUGUAUUCCCGGACCGUGAUCACUUCGGCCGUAUCUUCUUCAACCAGGCUCGCAUGAGCUCCCUCGGUAUCCCACAGCUCUCCGUUGUCAUGGGACCCUGCACAGCAGGUGGUGCAUACGUGCCUGCAAUGAGCGACGAGACCAUCAUCGUCGAGAACCAGGGUACCAUUUUCCUGGCGGGCCCGCCUCUCGUCAAGGCCGCAACUGGCGAAGUGGUUUCCGCCGAGGACCUCGGUGGCGGCCAGCUGCAUUCUAGCAUCUCCGGUGUCACGGAUUACCUGGCCGUCGACGAUGCCCACGCUCUCAUCCUUGCCCGUCGCUCUGUCGCAAACCUCAACUACCCAACAACGACCACUCCGUUGCAGCUAGAAAACGGUAAUGGGGAUUCACUCGUCAUCAAGGAACCGCUGUACGAUCCCAAUGAGUUGAACGGUAUCGUCGGCACGAACCUGCGCCGGCAGAUCCCCGUGCACGAGGUCAUCGCGCGUAUUGUUGAUGGAAGUGAAUUCGCCGAGUUUAAGCGUGAUUACGGCUCCACGCUGGUGACGGGCUUCGCGCGCAUCCACGGCCACCGUGUUGGAAUCGUUGCUAACAACGGCAUCUUGUUCUCCGAGUCCUCCCUCAAGGGAGCGCACUUCAUUGAGCUCUGCGCCCAGAGGCGCAUUCCUCUCGUCUUUUUGCAGAAUAUCUCUGGCUUCAUGGUCGGCGCUGAUGCCGAGAAGGGCGGUAUCGCGAAGAACGGCGCUAAGCUUGUCACGGCUGUUGCGUGUGCCGAUGUGCCUAAGUUCACUGUUGUAUUCGGGUCCAGUGCUGGUGCUGGAAAUUACGGAAUGUGUGGUCGCGCCUACUCUCCUCGUCUUCUCUUCAUGUGGCCUAAUGCUAAGAUUGGCGUUAUGGGCUCUGAGCAACUUUCGGCUGUUAUGGAGGCUGUUGGGCGGUCUGCUGAUCCGGCUUUGAAGGAGCGUAUUGACCGGGAAUCUGAGGCGACGUUCUCGUCGGCUCGGCUGUGGGAUGAUGGUGUUAUUCCUCCCGCUCAAACGAGGAAGAUGUUGGGGUUGGGUCUGACUGCUGCGCUCGGUGGGAAGGCUGAGCCGGAUGUGCAGACCAGGUUUGGCGUGUUCAGGAUGUAG